AAGCUGAUAUUACACUCACUUUCACAUUUAUUGAAAUAAAACACUUGAUUUAUCCCUUUGACUAAUUGCAUUAUUGAUGCGUAGAAAAAUAGUUCCCUUUGUUUACUUCCGGAAAGCCGCCAAAUCGCAGACAUUCAAAGAGAAACAGCAUAUUCCAGCUAAAGCAUUGUCAAGACAAUGACAGGCAGAGUAAUCAUCAUCACGGGGGCCAACUCAGGGAUCGGGUUUGAUGCAGCCAAAAAACUGUGUGAGGCGGGGAAUGACGUCAUUUUGGCCUGUAGAGAUGAAGUCAAAGGGAAAGCAGCAGUUGAGAAUAUUCUCAAGGAAAAUCCUAAUGCCCUCACAACAUAUCUUCAGUUAGACCUGGCUGAUAUGGCAUCCAUCAGGAAGUUCGUGGAGGACUUUCACGCCUUGGGGAAGAAACUGAAUGUCCUGGUCAACAAUGCGGGGCUGUUCCUAAAGGGCGAUGACCGGGUCAGACAGUUCACCAAGGACAACUUUGAGCUGACCAUGGGGACCAAUCACCUAGGCCCGUUCCUUUUAACGCAUCUUCUCCUGGAAGACUUGAAGAAAACUGGGAAAGAGACUGGAGACAGUCGGAUCGUGAUGGUGUCUUCCUCACUACAUGAUGUCAAUGAGAGGAUGAACAGAGGCUCAUCUGUCCUAGACCUGGAUAAUUUCUUCUUGGACAAAGAAGGGACAUACAGUGGACAGCAGGCCUAUAAGAACUCAAAGGUUGCCAUGGUGAUGAGUACCUACUCCCUGGCCCAGCAGCUUGAGGGGACCGGGGUGUCGGUCACCUGUAUGAACCCAGGUUUCAUUCCUACCACGGAUUUGUCUAGACACGCAUCAUCGGUCGCACGAUUCAUGUUGCGUUAUCUGAUGGCCCCGAUGUUUAAAUUGGCAAAAAUUACUCGAACAGUGGACCAUGGAAGUAAAAUGAUCGUAGAUCUGAGCAUCAGUGAAAAAUACAAAGGUGUUUCUGGAAAAUAUUUUGACGACUUUGAGGAAAAAGAAUCUUCUGAGGAAUCUCGCGACGAGGAUCUCCAGAAGAGGCUGUAUGAGUUGUCUGCCCGUUAUUGUUGUCUGGACGGGUACGAGGCUCUGACUGCCCCCGCUCCUCCACCCCCAGAGGAAAAACCCGUCAAGUCACCCAAAGCCAAGACACCAAAGAAAAAGAGCAAGGAAGAGAAAGAGGAAAAAGAGGCAAAGGAAACAACAGAGAACGAUCAGGGUCAGGGCAAAGGUGGCCCAGAUGUAGAGGGCAUUAAGUUUGUUGAUGAGGAGGACAAGCCUGAGGAGGAGAAACCUGAGGACAGAGACGGGGAACCAGCCAAAGUCACGGUGACCGUGGAGGACACUUCUAAAGGAGAGGACACUGGGAACCAGGGAAAUGAUGGAGAGAAAAAGAAUGAAGGAAAGACAGAAGAAAUAAUGGAGAAAGGAAAGGCUAUAGAACAGGAGGAGACAAAAGUAGAAGUCGCCGCACAGUGAAGAUGACGACGUUUCUCAUUACAGUACCAUUCACAACCUCAGAUACUAACGUCUUGUAAUCGUGUUUAUGAGUUUAAAGCUGUAUGUUGAAUUGUAUGAUGUUUUCUGUAGGUUAAAAUGAAAACUUUACUUUUACAUAUAACAUUUUGUAUCCUUUAUAUUUUUUUUCUGAAGGUAAUAUUUUCAGAUGACAUUUUUGGUGUUUAAUAUUUUUUUUCAUAACUUGAAAUCCAGAAAAAACAUGAAGUAUGUUUUAGCUGACUGGUAAAGAAUCUUCCAUUAUAAAAUGUGUUUGAGAAACUUACUGCUGAGGCAGGCUUGUAAUAAAGCUAUCGGUAUGUAAAUUUGAUCUGCUGUCAAAAUCAUACCCUCACAGAUGUUUGUUUUUAUAAAUCAUUGGCAUUACUGGGUGCAAUUUUGUUUCAUGGACAUUAAGUCAUUUAGUCAAACCUUGUUUGUAUACACUGUAUAUUUAUAUGUCAUUUGAACAAAAUCUUAUUAUUUUAAAAAAAAAAAAAUUUUUUUUGGUGUGACAUUAUUUUAUACAAUAGGAUAUUUCAGUAUUGUAUGUUGUACUGUAUAUUUGAGCUACAUAAUCUUGCAUAAUUUAAUCAAAUGAAUUUAUUUUAUACACAUAUUUUGUCUAAUACUAGUCUAGUAUAUGAGAUACCUUUACCAAACCGGCUAUUUAAAUGUCUUGUUCAGUGUUUAAGUCAAAACUGUGCCUUCCAAUCAUGAUUGUAGACUGAGAAUUGUUUUUUUAUAUAGAUUUUGAAUACAAAUGAUAGUUGAAUCUUUUUAAAAAAAAUUAAGGUAGGACUCCUCAUGUACAUGUUGAUGUGCUUUAUAAAAAGUUAUAAAAGUGUAUGACCUUCCAAAAGUUGUCCAGGUAACUAUCCCUCCAAAGUUGUUUUUUUUUUUUUUUUUGUUUUGUGUUUUUUUUUGGAGUGGUUUUUUUUGUGCUAUUUCAGUUUAUCUAGUUAUCUACGCAUGAGUUUAUACCACUAUGUUUCUGACUGUGUUUAUUAUCAUGUGACCUAAUUAACCAAUUUCAAUGCAUUUUAUUGAACCCAAGGUUGUAAUUUUGUUAUGCCGCUCUCUUUUAUACCUCUGUCUCCUGUACAUUUUGACAUAUACCAGUAAAUUUACGUUUACAUUUAUGUUUCUAUUGGUCUGUAACCUAUACACAUGGUCCUCCUAAUUACCUACACCAAUUUUAUUUACCUUAUAGAAAUCCUUGUUGUGACUUAUUUGUAAAACAAUACCAUGUACUUGACAGCUUAUUGUUCUUUUACAUUUAAUAAUUACCACAAAAAAAUAUGAUUAUACACAAUGCUUUUGAUCAUGAUAUAAUUUUGUUGUAAUUAUGGCAAAUAAAAGUGAAUAUAUUAUUA